CAACAUGUUUCCUUUUCUUAUAUUUCUGUUUCACCUUCCCUCCAUUUUCUACUCUUGGUUGAACCAUGGUUGAAUCCGGUGAAUCCAGAUCUUUGGAGUACACACCAACAUGGAUUGUAGCCGUUAUUUGCUCCAUCAUUGUUCUCAUCUCCUUACUUGCAGAACGUGGCCUUCAUCAUCUUGGCAAGUGGUUAAAGCAAAGAGGUCAAGACGCGCUUUAUGAGGCCUUGCAAAAACUUCAAGAAGAACUGAUGUUAUUGGGAUUCAUAUCGUUAUUAUUGACGGUUUCUCAAAAUACGAUAAGCAAAAUUUGUAUACCACCACAUCUCGCAAAUUACAUGCUUCCAUGCAAAAGAAAAGAAGAAACUCCUUCCAAAACUGGACACUUAAACUUAAACUUUCAUUUUGGGAGACAUCUUCUAGCCAAAGACAUUGGUACACAACAUUGUGGAAGUCAGGGAAAAGUGCCAUUGGUGUCAUUAGAAGGACUUCAUCAGCUUCAUAUCUUUAUAUUCGUUCUAGCAGUUGUACAUGUCAUCUUCUGUGCCACUACCAUGGCCCUUGGAGUUGCUAAAAUACAAGAGUGGAAGCAUUGGGAGAACUCAAUCCACCCCAAAAAUGGUCAUGUUCAUCUUCAUCAUAGACAAUUCUUCACACAACGUACUAUGGGGCAUUACAGAAAAAAGCCAGUAAUUAGAUGGAUCGUAUCAUUUUUCAAGCAAUUCUAUGGAUCAGUGACCAAGUCCGAUUACAUUGCACUUCGAUCAGGAUUCAUAAGGGAACAUUGUCCAGGUAACCCAAAUUAUAAUUUUCACAAAUACCUGUUACGAACACUAGAGCUUGAUUAUAAAAGAAUCGUGGGCAUAAGUUGGUACUUGUGGCUCUUUGUUGUGAUCUUUUUGCUUCUCAACAUUAGUGGUUGGCACACAUACUUUUGGUUGUCAUUUUUGCCUAUUAUUCUUCUACUCCUUGUGGGUGCUCAUCUAGAACACAUCAUUACAAUCUUGGCAAGAGAUGUUGUUGAGAAAGGCGCGGAUGCAGUGAAACCUUCAGACGACCAUUUUUGGUUCAAUAACCCUAUGAUCAUCAUCUACUUGAUUCACUUCAUCUUGUUUCAAAAUGCUUUUGAAAUAGGCUUCUUUUUUUGGGUUUGGACUACGUAUGGAUUUGACUCAUGUGUCAUGGAUAAAGUGGGCUACAUUGUCACUAAACUUGUUCUUGGGGCAAUUGUUCAAGUGCUUUGCAGUUAUAGCACGUUACCCUUAUAUGCAAUUGUAUCUCAGAUGGGAAGCAUGUUUAAACCGAGCGUAUUCGACCAAUUUGCACUUGACCUCAUUUCCGAUUGGGUCGGAGAAAGAUCAAAUGCUGCAAGCACUCAUUCCCAUGGAUUACGAAAUCAACCACAAUUGACCGAUGAAAUAGUAACAACUGAUCAAGGAACUACAGCCUCAGUUGUAGAGCUCUCUAGCCUAACUCCAAUUCCAGAACAAGUUUAAACAUUCACAUUCAUACAACACAAUGGGGAAGAUCAAGUUUGACCAUUAUUGGUUCAACGGAAAUUAGCAUCAUGAUUAUAGAUUUAAAAAAUCACACUUGGAUUUGAGGUGGAUGUUCAGAAUUUAAUUAUUUGUCUCAUAUAUGUGAAUUAUCCAAAGAAUUUCGAGAAAAGAAUCUAUAAUGUGAUAUACUAA